AUGUCUUCCCACAAGACUUUCAGGAUCAAGCAGUUCCUGGCCAAGAAACAGAAGCAGAAUCGGCCUAUUCCUCAAUGGAUUCGGAUGAAAACUGGUAACAAGAUCAGGUACAACUCCAAGAGGAGGCACUGGAGGAGGACCAAGCUGGGUCUGUAA